ACGAGACACACCACCCAACCGAUCUCUGUCUCUCUUUCGAGACUUUUCAAAAUUCCCAAUCAUCACAUUGAACAAAUUCGAUCGAUUCACCAAAUCAGAUUCCAGAAUCAUCAUCUUUCGUUUCAGUCUGAUUUUGUAUUGAAUCAUCAAUUUCUAGGGUUAAGCUUCGAAAUCGCUUGGGUCUUCUCAAUUGGGGUUCUGCCAAUUUCGAAACUUUUUCCUAGAAUCGAGGUGGUUCUGGGUCUCCGGGAUUGCCCCUAUUUGUGAAGUUCCGGCAAUGGCGGCGGAGGAUAAAAACGGCGGACGUGUGGGUGAAGAGAGUGAGUAUUCGUCGGAGGACGAAGGAACGGAGGAUUACAGGAAAGGAGGGUACCAUGCGGUUAGAGUUGGUGAUACUUUUAAGAAUGGAGUUUAUGUGAUUCAGAGUAAGCUUGGUUGGGGACAUUUCUCUACUGUUUGGCUUGCUUGGGACACUCAUGGAUCGCGUUAUGUAGCUUUGAAAGUCCAGAAGAGCGCUCAGCACUACACAGAGGCAGCCAUGGAUGAGAUCAAGAUCUUGAAACAGAUUGCUGAAAGUGACCCGGGUGAUAAGAAAUGUGUUGUAAAGCUACUGGAUCAUUUCAAGCAUUCGGGUCCUAAUGGGAAACAUGUUUGUAUGGUCUUUGAGUACUUGGGAGAUAACUUGUUGUCCGUUAUCAAGUACAGUGAUUACCGAGGGGUCCCUCUCCACAAGGUUAAAGAGCUCUGUUUUCAUAUUUUGGUUGGGUUGGAUUAUCUUCACCGUGAGCUCUCUAUUAUUCAUACUGAUUUAAAGCCGGAGAACGUUUUGUUGUUGUCCACUAUUGAUCCAUCAAGAGAUGCUCGGAGAUCAGGUGUUCCACUUGUUCAGCCAACCACCAAGGACAAAGUUGUUUCAGAGUCAGCUGCUAAACCUGAAACUAAGAGUUAUACAUACGAUGGCGAUUUGACAAAGAAUCAGAAAAAGAAGAUCCGUAAGAAGGCUAAGAAGGUGGUAGUUCAGGGUUGUGGUGGAGAGGAAGCUUCAGAAGAAAAUGAAAGAAAUUCUAACUCUGAAGCAAGAACAAAUGGCAAUUCCACCGAGGAGAGGUCAGAAGGAAGUUCCACAAGAUUAAUGGAAGAUGAAGAAGCCAGAGAGAAGGCUAACAAAAAGAAUAGUCAGGGUAAUAGGAGAGGAAGCCGAUCCACCAGACAAGACAGUACCGAUGUCCAGAGGUUGUUCUUGGAUCAAAAUACUCAACCUCAGCAGACAUGUGGUCCUUUGCUUGUAUUUGUUUUGAGCUGGCCACUGGAGAUGUCCUAUUUGAUCCUCGCAGUGGUGAAAACUAUGACCGGGAUGAGGAUCACCUGGCAUUGAUGAUGGAGCUUCUCGGGAUGAUGCCACGAAAGAUUGCAUUAGGCGGUCGAUACUCGCGGGAUUACUUCAACCGACUAGGUGAACUAAGGCACAUCCGGCGGUUGCGGUUUUGGCCAAUCAGCAAAGUCUUAAAGGAGAAGUAUGAUUUCAGCGAGCAGGACGCAAAAGCCAUGGCAGAUUUCUUAAUCCCGAUUCUUGAAUUUGUGCCUGAGAAGAGACCGACAGCCGCCCAAUGCCUAACACACCCAUGGUUCAGUCCAGGCCCAAGAUUACUGGAACCGGCAAUGAAACCGCAAGAACCAAAAGGAGAAGAAGAAGAAGAAGCAGUAACUGAGAACAGAGAAAAGGAAAAGGGCGAAAGGGAGGCAAUGGAGGCUGGUGUAGGUAAUAUCGCCAUUGAUGGCUCUGAACAGAAGGUGACAACAAGAGAAGGACGUCAAUGUGGUCGGGAUAUUCGCACACUAAAAUGAUAAAACUGCCCUUAAAGUUAUUUGUUCGGCUUGUCUUCGGUUUGUUGUUUGAGUUUUGGCUUUGCGGAAUAGAAGAUUUAGACUUGUGUGUUUUGUUUUGCUGGUUGAGGGGGGAGAUUCAAAAUUUUGUUGCUCAGAAAAGUUAAAGCUUGAAUGUGGUGACUAUAUACGGAGACACAAAUUGUGGUUUCAGUGAGGAUCCACGCAAUUAACUAA